UACUUUAAAACAUGGAAGUCCCGUAUACUUGAAAAAAAAUGUCGCGCCAUAACCUGUGCUAAACAAAAUGGCGGAGAGAAGACGAAGGCGAAGCACGGAAUGUGAAAGUGAAACAGAGCAUGCAGAACCUGUAUUAUCUGAGUAUGAAAGCACCGCAGAUGAUAGCAGAGAUGUUGAUGAGACAGAGGAAGAUACUGACACAGAGGAAUAUGUGACAGAAGAAGAAGAAACAGCUGAAGAGGAAGAAGAUGAGGACAAAGACAAAAGUGGAGUAGUUGACGGUGAAAGGCAGAGCGGUGAUGGAGAGGAGCAGCCAAAGUUGGACAUUGACGAGGACAGACAAAACCCUGCCUAUAUUCCUAAACGAGGGGCGUUCUAUGAGCAUGAUAUGAGAUUGGAUCCUGAAGAGGAGGGCAAAGAAGGGGGUGAUCAACAAAGGGAAGAGGGACGAGGUAAAGGCAAGCUGUGGAAGGACGAGUCUAAAUGGUUACAUGACAGAUUUGAACAGUACGAUCAGGCGCCAAAGUCACGACAAGAACUGAUCACAAUGUACGGCUAUGACAUAACACAGUAUGAUCAGCCUCCUGAGGAACCUCCGAAAAUGUCUGGAAGAUCUAGACGUGGUGGCAGAAGGGAUCGUAAGCCGCAGUUUCAGGAUUUUCUACCCGACGGUGAUAAAGGAAGACCAAAUUACAGGUCUAACAGAGAAAGAUACGAUGAUGAUAGUUAUGAUGAUAGAGGUCCACGUCAGUCUAAAUCAGAGACACCUCCUUAUAGAGGUGGGCGGGGUAGGAGAGGCCAAAGGCGUUCAGAGGGAGGUGCACCUAGAAGGGGAUAUUCUGAUGUAAAGGAAGACAGAGCUCCUAGAAAUAGAGGUUUCUCUGACAGAGGAAGAGAUAGUAGGGAUGGUGACUUUAGAAAUAGAGAUAACUUUGGAAACAGAGAUAGGGACAGUUAUGGAAAUCGAGAUAGGGAUGACUACAGGAACAAAGAUAAUUAUGGAAACCGAGAUCAUGAUAAUUUUGGGAAAAGAGAUAGGGAUAAUUAUGGGAAUAGAGAUAGGGACAAUUACGGGAAUAGAGAUAGGGACAACUACGGGAAUAGAGAUAGGGACAGUCAUGGGAAUAGAGAUAGAGAUCAAGAUAAUUAUGGAAAUAGAGAUAGGGAUAAUUACAGAAAUAGGGGACAAUAUGAUGAAAGUUCUCAAGGAAGAGGAAAAAGAGACUAUCAGGAUCGUUCAGAGGGUAGGGGUGGUUUUAGGGGGCGUGGCAGAGGCGGAUUUAAGGACAACAGGAGGGAAAAUAGGCGGGAUUUUGGAAAUCGCGAUAACGUAGAUCAGCAAAGUGGAGGUAGAUCAAACAGGGAACAUGCUAACUACGAGAGGCAGUAUAGUGGUGGAAGAGAUGGACAAAACUAUGAACGACAGAACAGUGGUGGAAGGGAUGGGGAAAACCAGUUUAGAAGACAGGGCGGUAAUAGACAAUCAAGGACUGAACCAGAUUCUCCGCAGCAGGAAAAUACCAGGUAUAGGGGUGGUGAAUUGACAGAAAGACCUCCUGCAAGGUCAUUUGAUAAACCAACGCCUAAGUCGUACUACACCCUAUCGGUGACAGAUGAUGAAAAACUCGGGGAGAUGGAGGAUGUGGAAUAUUCACCUCCAGCUAAAGGUGGAGUUCAGGACCUGAAUGUGACAGUAACUGGUGAAAGGAGAUCGUUCAAUAAAGAUCGUCCUCGACCACCACGAUCACAGGAUUAUGUUCAACAAAGUUCUGUGGAAGAGAGAAGAGAUGGAGGUCCUUCACAUGGUACAUCUGGUCAAAACAAGCAUCAGCCGACUUUGCCGCCCCGUCUCCAGCAGCAGCAACAACAACAGGAGCGUAAAAGACAGAAACAACAACAACAACAAGUUAUGGGGGAUAAACAGGAUGCUACACAAAGUAGAUCAAACAAGAGAUACUCCUCUCAGAGACAGAGGGCUGUUCCAGAGGGUCCUGGGUAUUCGGAACCCCAAAUUUCACAGCCUCCACAACAAAUUGUGACAUCACCUCUACAGCAGCAGUUCCAACCAAACUUCAGUCCGCCAAAGCCAGCUGGCGCUGUACAGCAGUCUGUCAUAGUUAGACCUACUAUAGCUACACAAAUGACCGCACCGCCCCAGCAGCAGACGGUCGGCAGUCCCACAUUGGUGAUACCACGUGUACCUCCGCCCCAGUCUAUGAUUCCGGUCAGUAGCCAGGUGCCACCCCCACAGGUCAGACUGCAGCGACCCCCACCCCCAGCUGGUCCAAGCCCUCAGGGUAUUGGUGCACCUCCGCCUGUAUUUCCGUCUGGUUCUCUGCCAACCAGUGCCAUGCCUGCUGUGUCUGUGAUUGCAGCGCCGCUCAUAAAUCCUGCAGGAAUUGUUUACGCAGCACCACCACCAGCAUACCAGGUUCCGGUGCCUCAAUUUUCAGCUUCGCCUGAGUCACACAAUCCAGGUGAGACAGUGAGAGGGGGGACAACAUACUAUUCACAGGCCACGGCUGGUAAUGCAGCUUCGCCAGGUACCACAUACUACUCACCAGAGAUGCAGGUAGCAAAACAGAACAGAGUACAAGUACGGAGACCGAAAGUUCCUCUGCCAAUUGUCAACCCUGAGGAUAUGAAAAAGGAAACAGAUUCUUCCAAGGAGGUAGAAGACGAUAAUGUAGAUACAUACCAAGAAGUUUCUGAAUCAUACGAAGAAGAGGAAGUGAAACAAGAACAAGAUGAUUUUGAUGAAAGUUUUGUUUCUACUGAGGCAGAUGGUCAAGAAUCUAGGUUGGCAGCAGACUUAGAACAAAUUGAAGAACACCAGGAAGCUGUAACUGAAGAAGUUAAUGAAACCCAGGAGCCAAAAAAUUUGGAAAGCGAAUUAAAUUUAUCUGGCAGUAUUCCUGGAGAAAUUAAUGAUACUAGGGAGUCAAAAAGUGAAUUAAAUGAUGAAGAACAGUAUAGUUUUGAAUCUGAUGAACCUGGUUUCAAUGAAACCGCUGGAAAUGACGGAGAAAUGACAAGUGGUGUGGAUCUUGAAAGUGUAGUGGAAACCUCUUUUGGAAGUGUUAAAAGUAGUGAAGAUGUUGUAAAAACUGAGGAACAUUCAGUCAGUGCAGAAGAAAGAUUAGCUGAUUCUGCAGAACAGCCUACAGAAAAUACUGAAAGUUUAGAUACAACAAGUAUGCAAUCUAAUGUAGAAGACAAUAAUAGGAGUUCAACAUUUGUUGUAAAAACAGAUGUGCUUACUCCAACUUUAUCUGUAUCCACUGUAAUACCAGACACUUCAGAUAAAGAACAAACUGAAACUAGUAAACCUGAUACAAAAACUGAAGUGGAACAGGUCACUUCUGAUGUUAGUGCAAUGGAUAGCAAGGUAGAAGAUAGUACUGGAACAGAUGGAAAUGUUGAAGUGGAUGCUGUUUUGGAAAAGCAAAGUAAAGAAGCAGAUGAAAAUGUAGAAAGUUUUGAAGAUGCUAUUGAGGAAGUUAAUUAAGCUUUUAGUCAGAGUGAAUUUGUGAAUAUGUAAUCAUCAUGUUAAAAAGUAACCAUCUGCAAAUAUUGUAAUAAUAACUUUUCAAAAUCAGGACUUUAAAGGCACUGACCUCCAGAUCAUUCAACAACAAAACAAUGAAAUAUAAAAAAUUCAGUUGUCAGAAAAUUAUUGCUAUAUAACAUUCAUGAAAAAGGCCAUGAAACUUAGUUACUAACAGAUUAUUAAUUAAGGAAAUGCAUUACAGUUAGUUGUUUUACUAAUUUUUCCAUUCAAAAUGGAAAAGCGUUUGAAACAGGGUACCAGAGGUAAACUGCCUAAAUUAUAAAGCUUUUUUAUUUGACGACCGUUAAGCAUAUAUUCCUCCAUGGUGUACGGGUCAAGUCUGCAAGAAAAGCUUAUUGCCACAUUGAUGCUGAUUCGAUUCCGAUCAAGGGCAUGUUUCCUUUUCUUGAUUUGACAUUUUUAAAAUAGUAAAGAAACAAAAACUCGUGUUCUAUUGUUCAUAAUUUGACCAAACUUAAAUUUUGAAUAAAAAUAAUUUUUUAGCCAUUUUUUAACAUGAUGGUUCAUAUAUAUAUAUUACUGUAUGUUGUAAGACAACUUGUGAGUAUAUUGUUAGGGAGCUUUUUAUAUGUGUUUUAUGGUAUUCUUAUGUUUUAUUUGUUCUUUAAAUGUUACCAGAAUAUCAGUGAAAUUUUCGCUCGAAAAGGAAAAGAUAUUUCCUGCUCUAAAUAUGGAGUUUGAAUUUGCUUUGUUUUAAUACUGUAGAUUGGAUGGUAUUCACUUGGUUUGUAAUGAAUAUGUUUAAACCAAGUUGCAGAUAUCAAAAUAUGUACUUUUUACCAGAAAUUUUCCAAACGGAUAUGUUUUUGCUAUGUUCCAUAUCCGUCCAUAUACGGAAUUUAAUAAUUAGGAAAAUGGAAAAAUUAUAUUAAUUUAGAGCACAGCUAAAAUGUCAGAAUUUAUUGAAAUGUUUUUGCUGAUGAAUAGGUCGUUAAUCUUUUAUUUAGGAUUGUAUGAUCAGUAAAUUAAGGCAGUGGUUGGCUGUAAAUGACACUUGGUAAUUUUCCAUUCUGUUACUACAUUCCCUGGGAUUUUGGUACUUCUGGUAAAAACGGAAAGCCAAGUACUCGUAUGAGUUUCAGUAUCAUCCAAAGAAUGCUUAAACUCCAUACAAGAAUACAUUAUUGCACAGAAACUACCUAAUGCCUGUACAAGCUCACUACCUUAAUCAAAACGCUACAAGUGUUCACUGUCAAACUGUGAAAUUAAAAGCCAAGUGAAGAAUAUCCAAUCUACAGGUACGAGUUUAAGACUUUUCCUCGCCAACUUUACAGAUAGUGAGAUACCAUUUUGUGAGCUUUUGUUGCAUGCAGUAUAGCUGUUCAUUGAAUUAAGGCUAUUACCCAGUUCAUAUUUUAUAUAUCCACAAAAAAAUACAUAACAUCAUUUAAAAGUUGCUCUCAUUAAAUAUGUAUAGGUUUAUAUACUUUUUAAAUAUAAAAAAAAGGUAAAAACAUUUUGUGAUUGUACCAAAUAAAAUUUCAUAAAGCGUUACAUGUCCCCUUGAAUGGAAAACGUAGAUCAAUUUUUUUCUCCAUAAAGAACAUAGAGGCUGGUCAAUUACUGACCAUCACUAGUUGCUAAAUGAGAAUUUUAUGAAAUCUUGUAUUAACGCCAAGUUUAAAAGUAUUACGAAAUUCUAUGUUUAAAAGAAAAAAUGCAUUUAUGAGUUGAUUUUCAGACUGGGCUUUGCAUGGAAAGCCAAGUCUCUUUUUUGAGCUAAACCUUCUUAUAUUUUUCUUUGUUUUUUGGGGAAGAUGAUAGAUGGCUUAAUAAAUUUGCCGAAUAUUUGAAAUGAUUCAAAAUAAAAUUUAUCAUAGUAGUGUCAUUUUGUUAAUGUCCAUAAUAUUUCAUUUUCCAAAUAUUUUCAGAGCAGCUUAUAUAAACAGAACAUUUCUUUUUAUAUGCCCGUAUCUCAAAGAGCAGGGCAUAUUAUGUGAACACCCAUGGCGGGCAGCAUCCAAAAGCAUGUCCGUCAAACAGUUUCCAUACGAUCUUGAAAAAUUUGGUGACAAUGUUUGUGGGCAUAGUAUUUGGCCAAGUUCAAUAACCAGCAAAAUCGCCGAGGCACUCUUUUUGCGUUUGACGGACAUGCUUUUGACACGUAUUUUAUGAGUCUGCCACUCUUGUUUAAAUUAGAUAAAAGACUAGUGGACUUUCAAUACUUAAAUCUAUUAAAGAGAAGUUAUUAGAACAUUAAUAGGGCAAGCGUUCUUGUUUUUGAGUAAAUUGUUUGCUUAUUGUUUGUGCUUCACAUUUUUGCAGUUUUGUCUAAAACAUUACUGUAAAAGCACUUAUUUUCACAGGGUCAAAAUUUCGCAAAUUUGAAAUUUUGAGUAUGUUUUCGAGGUUUAAUAUACGCAAUAUUGGAAAAAUGGUAUCGUACUUGAAUUUGAAUUAUACUAAUGGUGAAUAUUUAUGCGAGGAUUAAUUUUUGCAAGAUGUAGGGCCUUGCCAAUAUAGUGAAAAUUAAACCUUCGCGAAAAUUUCUGCUUUUACAAUAUGCUACUCGUAGAAUGGUAUUUGCCCAUUUUUGUUUGUGCAGGGUAUUUAAAGCAAUUACUGAGUGUGCUAGAAAAUCUCAUUGUGUACUUCCAGUUUUCAUAUCUCUUUGUACAUUUUUAGUGAGCUGUAUGUGACCUGGGAAAGGUUUGUUACGGCAGGUUUUCAACUAGGAUCUUUUUUACUCAUAGCCCUACUAUUCAAAUUAUUUAGCUCAUGAGAGCCAAGGGUCAUACUUUUCCUUUUGAGAGGGCAGUUAAAAGCUUGUAACAGUUUAUUUUAUAAUCCCCAGUAAAUCCUUUUAUCAUGUUUCUUGAUAAACAUUUAAAACCCAUGUAAUCAUGUUCAACAUUUAAUAUCCCCAUAUACUUAAAUCAUAAGAUAUUUAAAUUUCCCCUGUAAAAUUUACUUGUUAAUCAUUAUUUAUCUCCCAGUAAACUUCAUUGGUUUAACUAAACUUAAAGGGACUGACUUCCAGAUCGUUACUGACAGAUUGUAUAUUUUGGACACAUAUGAGCUGCGCCAUGAGAAAACCAACAUAGUGGGUUUGCGACCAGCAUGGAUCCAGACCAACCUGCGCAUCCGUGUAAUCUGGUCAGGAUCAAUGCUGUUCACUAACGGUUUCUCUAAUUGCAAUAGGCUUUGAAAGCGAACAGCAUGGAUCCUGACCAGACUGCGCGGAUGCGCAGGCUGGUCUGGAUCCAUGCUGGUCGCAAACCCACUAUGUUGGUUUUCACAUGGCAUGGCUCAUAUCUGAAUUAGUUGUUCUUACUAUUUGUUCCUUUAAACAUUGAAAAGUGUUUGUGAUAUGAAGCAGAAGGUAAACUGCAAGGAUUAUAAAGCUUUAUACAAAUGGUCAUUAAAUACAAAUUCCUCCGUGGUGUAUUGGUCAACAUGGUAGGAAAGUAUUUACGUCCAAGGCAGCCAGGCUUUGCUUCAUGGAAAGAUUUCUUGAUAAAACACUUUUUAGAACUGUUAAGAAACAAACAAACUCAUUUUCUAAUGUUCAUAAUAUGACCAAAUACCAAUUUCAAAGAAAAAUCAUCUUUAGCAAAAACUGGAGUCCAGUCCCUUUGAAUUGUAAAACAUUUAAAAUCCUUGUAAAUUUUUUAAAAUCCUCGUAAAUUUUUCUUGUAAAUCAUUUUAAAAUACCGUUAACUUUAUUUGUAAAACAUUUAAAAGCCCUGUAAACUUUACUUAUUAAACAUUUAAUAUCCACAUAAACUUAAAUUGUAAAACAGUUAAAAAUCCCUUUUAAUUUCACUUGUUAAACAUAUAAUAUCCAGAUGCACUGAAAUUUUAAAACAUAUCAAAUACCCAUAAAAUUUUCUUGUAAAUCAUUUUGAAGUCUUUUUAACUUUACUAGUCUUGUAAAACAAUGAUAAUCACUGUAAAGUUUACUUUUAAACAUUUAAUGUCUGCAUGAAUAUACCAGUAAAUUGAAAAACUUUAAAAAUCCCUGUAAACAUUUAUUGAUAAUCAAUUUAAAGUCUUUUUAACAUAUCCACAAAUCUUAAAUUGUAAAACAUUUAAAAUCCCCGUAGCAUUAAAAAUUCAUGUUAACUUAACUUGUAAAUCAACAAAGAUAUCAUAAUUAAUUUUAUUAGUAAAACAUUUAAGUUAUCAGAUGACCAUCGAUUGGCCUUGUAAAACAUUUAACAAUAUUCCCAUUAUUUGUAUUUGUAAAGUAUUUAAAGUCCAUAUCAACUGGAUUGUGAAUAAUUGAAAAUACCUGUAAACGUAUUAAUUGGCUUCAGCCAUCAGGAGCAGCGUGGGGAGUGUUGUGAAAUUAAAUGAUCUGGGCUUGACUUUUAACUCUGUACAGUACUUGCUUAUAGGGCAACUUCAACUGUAUUUUUACUUGCCUCAACCCAAUUUCUGGUUGCCAAAUUAUGACAUGUGAUGAGAUAUUUGCAACGUUGUAUAGCAAUAAAAAAGUAAUACAUGAUUUUCAGAGAAGUCUUUUUUUUUUUUUUGAUAUUUCAUAUACGUGUAUUUCACAUGCCCUAGAAUGACUUUCUCUCGCCCACAGUCCACUUAUACCUGCCCUUGGCAAUAGGGCAGUCCUUCAGGUCGAGCCCUGAUGAUGUGAUACGUUUCUGGCCUAGGUCCUUUCAUAAGAGAUUUAUAAAAUAAUGGUGGACUGGGAUGUGGUAGAAAGUGGGGAUGUGGUUAGGAAAUCCAAUAGAAAAACUUUAGAGGUAUACCACAUUAAUAAAUGUAAUGAAAAAUGAAAAGAAAAAAUCACUGUACAAGGAUGAACAACUUGAGGCACUCUGAAAUAAAAGUAGGUUUAAGCACUACUAUUUGAAACUUUAAAUACGAGAGCGUUGAAAAUUUUGCAAACAUUGUAUGUAAGCAAGUAUAAGGGGAAAGGACAAGUCGAGCAUGCUACCAUUAGACAGUUCUUGGUUGUUUAGUGCAGAAAUUUUAUUUUUGAUUUUGGAAGGUUUUGCUGCUGCAUAGGGGAAGUUUUCAGAAACAAAAAAAUGUGCAAAAUAAAACCCUCAUAACAACAAAUUGCCAAAUCAAGUGAAAUCUUGUUUUGUAAUUUGGUUAGGACGAUGCUGUCACAAGAAUGUGACUAAUUAGGUUUUAAUUAACUAUUAUGUUUGUGGUAAUUCUUCUUCAUUGAAAAAAAAAAAUUUGAUGGACCCAUUUUAUGCAGGUAAAAUAGUAUUGAUUCUGUGGUAGAACUAAUUUGGAAAAAAACAUUUUAUGGACUCAAUUUACGCAGGAAAAAUAGCUAGACCCAGUUUAUUCAGAAAAAAAAUAGCUACAAAACUAUAAUUUAUACAAAAGGUUUAAUGUAUUUUCAUUUUCUGGUCCUUUGGGACUUGUUGAGGCAUGAAGAGGUAUUGCGCAGUUCAUUACUUCUUACGAAAAGACUCGCUAUAGUUGGGUUUGGUUGUGUUCCAUGCUUCUUAAGGACUUUUAUACAGAUUUUAUUAUAGUAAGAAUCAAAUUUAGUUGUGUACACACUAUUUUCAAGUACUAGUAUGUGAUUUUUAAGAUAGUGGUUUAUAGUAGUGCAAAUAAGCUACAUGCAAAACAUCCUUGUUUACACUACAAUUUAUGUCUUGAUAAAUAAAAAGAUGCUUAAAUAUCA